AUGGAGUAUCUGGUAGCCUUGAGAACACCUCAGCUUGCUCCAGAUACAGCUCCGAGCGUGAUCUCUCCUCCAGGUUGGACUCCUCCACCUCCGAAUUAUGUGAAGGUGAACUCCGACACUGCUUGGUUGGCCCCCAAUUCUACUGGCCUAGGAGUCAUAAUCCAGGAUGUGUCUGGGUCUCUAUUGGGGGGUUCAACCAUUCCUGUUAACUGUAGCUCGGUGACAAUUGCUGAGGCAAAUGCUUUGUUGACUGGUGUUAAUCUUGCAAUCACUGUGAGUCUAAAAAAUGUGAUUUUCGAAUUAGACUCAAAAGAUCUCAUCUCAUAG